GACUGAGGCGGGCAAUGAGGAGGGGUAGAAAAGUUCCAGCUCGCUUGGCGUUAUCGCAACCGUCGAUAAGGCAGGCGCUACCUUCACUUACUCGUGCUGUGCGUACCGACUCGUCUUGCACGAUGUGUCUUCUCACAUGAUACUUUCGAUUUCGUAGAGCUGCUGUUUGGUAAUAGCUCAUUUCUACAGAGGGUACAAAGAUGGUCAACUGUCAAUAAAAGAACUGCCCGCAAUGUCUUUCAUAUCUCCUUUCGCCAGUUCUACGUCAAAACCCGGUCAUGGCUCUAUUAUUCUGGAAAUCCUACCACCGGAUAUGCCGACCCUCAAGGCGGUGUCUUACCAGUAUCCGCUGAAGUUGAUUGCCCCAGUGCCUUUGCCUCCGCCGGAUUACACCCCUAAGGCAGACACGCCACGUCUGGUUCACACGGUAUACCUUCUGACCUAUGGAGGUGGAAUCGUUGCCGGAGACAGCAUAGAUCUCGACGUGCAGAUGGACCAUAAGACCCGGCUUCUUUUGCUUACCCAAGGCUCGACCAAGAUCUUCAAGACAGAAGACCCUCAAGUAGUAUCCCACCAACACAUGAACGUCCACCUGAAGCACGGGUCCGCAUUGCUGUAUCUACCAGAUCCAGUGCAGCCCUUUGCACAUACAGCCUUUUCACAGUCACAACUAUAUCACUUGAACAGCGGUGAAGGGAGUCUGUGUGUCUGCGACUGGGUUACCAGCGGACGCUCAGCGAGAGGCGAGAACUGGGACAUCUACGAGUACAAGAGCCGGAACGAAGUGUGGACGAUAGAGGCCUCAGGCAGAAAACGGUUACUGCUGCGCGACAAUCUGAUCUUGGACAAGCAUGGGCAAACAGACAUGCGUCUCUCUUCUCGCAUGGAUGGGUUCUCCGUCUUUGGCACACUGAUCAUCAGAGGACCUGUGUUUGCAGCGGUGGCCAAGUUCUUUCUGGAUGAGUUUGAGGCGCUGCCCCGGAUUGGCGGAAGAAACUGGGGCGAUGCGGUGCAGACCAAGCCGUCUCGAAGGGAGCAGUGGCGUGCAGAGCGGCUGGAGAGAGAACGCAAGGAUGGUGUUGUCUGGAGUGCUGCGAAUGUGCGGGACUUCGUGCUGGUCAAGUUCGGCAGCACGGAGGUAGAAGGGUCGCGCAACUGGCUGCGGGACAUGAUCAAAGAAGACAGCUCAGUGUUGCAUGCAUUUGGCGAGCGGGCACUGCUGUGUUUGAAAUAGACGAUGAUACCCAUAGAACAGUCACAAACAAUGUAAAUGCACACGCCCGUC